AUGCGUCAUAUGCACCUGAGUGGCUUACUGGAUCUUUUCAAAGAACAUGUUAAGUGCCCCCUCUCACUGCUCGAAACCGACGACAUCCGCGUGUCUGUGCAGUUCGACUACAAUAUAAAGUUUCCAUCAACUGCAUCAAAAGAAAUUGACGAUUCAUGUGAAUUCUUGGAGUGCUACAAUCUUCCUUUUGGUUGUCGAGAUGAACCAGUCAGUCUGAUUGCGUCUUGGCCAAACAUGAAAGAGGAAAUGAUAAACGAGAACGAGUAUCACAGUGACCUCGAUCUUUUGAGUGCGUUUAAUUGGUCCGGCUCUAUUGAUUUCCGCUAUGCUGAAGGAUUAUUAGGCUACGUGCUUGAGCGGGUGAUCGAUCUUCAGAAAUCGAAGGAUUCUUCAGAAAAUGCUUUCUCUCUCCUCGGAGUGCGACAUUCUCCAAAAGCUUUUGGACAACUCACUGAUGGUGGUCUCCAAAAUAUCAGAUUUGCUGGUGCUCCAAAUGUUUCCAUAACGAAUCCUGGUGGUUUACUACUCGAUGAAAUGUUGAUGCCCAUUGCAAAGACGGUAGUCAAACGUUGCAUGGAUAGAAUAUUUGAUGUGGCAGAUAGUAGUGAGGAAACAGAGGAACCAAGUGCUCAAAGCCGACCUUCUUCACAUACGACCGAUUCAGGGAUGGGUGACGUCGAACUAUCAAACAUUUAUGUGAGUUCGCUGUGA